AUGGCGUUCCAGCUAUGCACCGCACGCCCGCUGAACCCGUUCGUGCGCUACUACGAGCCACUUUCGUAUCAGCCUGUCAACGUCACAGGAAAGGCUCGCUGGAAGCGCUCUGCCUCCAGGGAGCACCGUUACACCCACAGCGUCGAGUUCACAUUUAGAGCUCACAAGAGAGAGUUUAGAUUGCGCCUUGCACGUGACCGCUCCUCUUUCUCGGAUGACUUCCUCUUAGUCACGAGACAUGGUUCCAUCGACGCCGACCUCGACCACAUCUAUUCUGGCUACGUCGUGGGCGCAGACCACAGCCGCGUCACAGGAGCCGUCAUUGACGGCGUGUUUACGGGCCGCAUUGUGCUGUCCAGCGAUGAGGAAUUCUACGUUGAACGCGCCGCCCGUUUCCUGACGGUCUCUCAACCGCGGGCGUUCCACUCGGUGAUCUAUUCGGCCCGUGACGUCACUAUGGGAGACAGCGCCAUGUGCGGAGCAACCGGACGUCGUCGCUUAAAGCGCUCGCUUCGGACUUAUGCGCAGCAGAUCAGCACCGUGUCUGACGAGAAGCGUGGAUCUGGCUCUCACAGUUUGCCUUCAGUGAACCAGGCUAAGCUACUACAACAGCACACAGCUCUUAGCGCAGGCAUUGCUAAACACCGCCGCCGCGGACUGACGUACGAGCCGUUCAAGCGCGUGUGUCACCUAACGAUAAACGUGGACCAUCUGCUCUUCGAAGCCGUGCUUCAGGACGUUGAAGGUGACGUGGUCCGUGCUUACGACACCGUCACGGCCAUGGUUGCUUCGCACGCGGCCUCAGCCUCCGAGAUUUUCGGCGCCACCGACUUCCUGGGGAUCACAGGCAUUUCGUUCGCCGUACAGCGCGUCCAGAUCAACGACUCCUCGGCGUGCGAGGGCCAGCGCCAGCGUACGAAUCCGUUCUGCCGGGAAAACCUGGAUGCCAUUCACCUGCUGGCUAGGCUGGCGCUUUCCGACUACAGCGCCUACUGUGCCUCGUACCUCUGGACGCACCGAAAUUUUCCCGGUGGACUUCUUGGAGUAGCCUACAUGGCUGAAGGCGGCGGCUUUCCUGGCGGCAUAUGCGAGCCCUAUCAGCGUACAGGGGAGGGCGAAGGGGGCCUGCGGCUCUCCGCCUUCGCGAGCCUCAACACGGGCAUCGUCACUUUCCAGAACCACAACGGCCGCGUUCCGCAGCGCGUCACCGAGAUAACCUUCGCGCACGAGCUGGGGCACAACUUCGGGUCGCCUAUGUAA